GCCGCCUCACAGCUUCACUUUGAACACUUCAGUCUACAGAUCCUUGAGUCAAACUCAUGUGUGUCACCAUCAGCGAUUUAAGCGAUAUCACAAAAACAGUAGAUGUGAUAUAGUCCGGUCAGUUUUGGAUUAGGUGUGUUAAUCCUGCACUGGGAUUCAAUCUCGUUGUGUUUGGCUGAAGAAGAUGAACGGCUGCAGAUGGCAGAUUAGGGACUUUCGCGAAAAUAAUCACGCGUCCAGGCAGUCUGGGCCAGCUGAAGUAUUCCUAUGAAGUCCCUUUGACAUCUUUUCGGCCCCUCGGCUUCUUCCGGUGGCACCAGCAGCAGGAAUAAGGGAUGUCACAAGUAUUCCUUCUUCUGAGUCUGCUCAGUUGCUCAUCUUACAUCCAGGUGUCAUCUGCUAUGUCCCUCAAAACCUUGAUGGAAAGAUGGUUGCUGUACCGAGACGAAUGCUUUCGAAAUAUUAGCAGAGAGCCACCACUGGCAGGUGUCGUGUGCAACAGAACGUUUGAUAAGUUUGCCUGCUGGCCGGAUGGGCUGCCGAAUAGCACAGUGGGUGUGGCCUGCCCCUGGUUCCUGCCCUGGCAUGAAGAGGUUCAACAUGGGCUGGUGUAUCUGGAGUGUGAUGCAGACGGACAGUGGAGUAAACAGAGGAACGCCAGUGAAUGUGUGUCACGUGACCCCACCCAAAACGUGCCACACUAUGGAAGAAUUCUCAGUCAAUUUCGGACGAUGUACACUGUCGGAUAUUCUCUGUCUCUCGGGGCCCUGGUGCUGGCGUUGGGCAUCCUGGUGGCCUUUAGGAAACUGCACUGCAUGAGAAACAACAUUCACAUGAACCUCUUUGCCUCCUUUAUCCUGCGAGCCUCUUCUAUUCUCAUCAAAGAUGCCAUGCUGGAAAGACCCGACUCCUUCCAUGUUGGUCAGGACAUCACCACUGAGCUGGAGGUGGAGUGGCUGGUUAAAAACGAGACGGCCGUUGGCUGCAGAGUUGCCGUGGUGAUGAUGCAAUACAGCAUCUUAGCUAACAACUAUUGGCUGCUGGUGGAGGGAAUCUAUCUGCACAGCCUUCUGGUGGUCACGGUGUUAACAGAGAGGAAUUACUUCGGCAUCUACCUGUGCAUCGGCUGGGGUGCACCUUUGAUAUUCGUGUUGCCGUGGGUGAUCGUGAAGUACAUCUAUGAGAAUGAAGAAUGCUGGGUACAGAACAUACACAUGGAGUACUGGUGGAUUAUUCGUUCUCCAAUCCUGUUGGCCGUCCUGAUUAACUUCUUCAUCUUCAUACACAUCAUUAAGAUCCUCGUGUCCAAACUGAGGGCGCACCAAAUGAGAUACUCUGACUACAAGUUUCGACUUGCUAAGUCAACCCUCACCCUGAUUCCAUUACUGGGGAUCCAUUCUGUCCUGUUUUCAUUUGUUACUGAUGAGUCUACCUCACGUGGUGCUUUACCCCUGCGCCUCACCAAACUCUUCAUUGACCUCUUCUUUAACUCCUUCCAGGGGCUGUUGGUUGCCAUCUUAUACUGUUUCGUUAACAAAGAGGUUCAGUCUGAGAUUUUAAAAAAGUGGAGACGUUGGAAGCUCGGGAGAGACAUCGAGGAAGAGUACCGCCACACGUACAGCCAGACCCUUCAGAUGAAGAGCGGCAGCAUCGUGGUCCACCCCUCCAAUCUGUCCCAACUGCCCGACAUCACCAGCACCACCUCUCGCCUCUGCAGUCCAGAGGAGAAACAGUUGUUGGUCUCCAGCAGUCAGAACGGUGGACAGGGAUGUUUGGGGUUCACCUCCCCGCCACAAAACAGCUCCACUUGCAGUUCAAUAAUAGAUGACAUGGCAGUAGCGGACAGAGCGCAGUGUCUCAGCGCUCCGCAGGGCAAUGCCGAAAGCAACCUGUGAGCUGAAGAAGGUGAAGAUCCUUAACCCAAACACUCUCGCUUAGGUGGAGCGAGACGUGUGCGCUUUUCUGUGUUUGUGUACCCUGUGUGAAUACGUGACAGCCCUUUCCAAAGCUCAGUAGGAAACUUGGGAUGGACAGCUGUCUGACAUUUCGUGGUGCUCAGUUGACCCUGUUCCUGACAGGAUCGGUAAUGUGAAGGUGGACAUGUUUUAAGGAUUUACCCAAGUCUUACGUCUAGUCUUGUAAAGUUUUUUUGUGCUAUUGGUGAUUCAAAACGAAGACUCGUCUGGACAAACCAUGCAGGGUCCAAAAAAACUACCACUGCCUUUGACCAAUGGAAUAUCGGAGAUCUACUUAACUCGACUGGUAAAUUUUUCCAGAAAAUGUGAGGUUCGCUUCAACGAAAAAGAAACGUACACAUUGUCUGCUGAAAUGUAAUACCAGCAUGGAUUUCUGUUUUUGGUUCUGGUUAAGUCUAUUUAAGCUAGCUAUGACAUCAGCACAACUGCAACAUGUUGGGGACUGGAUUCAAACACAACAUAUACUGGUGACCAACAAUGCUGGUCUUUUUAACAGGGUCCUGCUUUUCAUCAUUGAAACAAUUAAAGCUGUUUAUGUUUAGUUUAACGGAAGCGAUCGUAUGCUGCGUACACACCAAACGCAAAGCAUCGUGUUCUUUAUUCUAGAUUACUCGUGUGAUUUAACUUUGUGUCAUGCACAUUUUUUUGUUUUGAAUUUGCGCAAAAAUGCAUUUGAGGCGAAUUACACUAGUUUUCGCGAGUUUGCAUUUAUUUGUGUCUUCGCAUUGACUUUGUAUGUAAUCUAAUCGCGCAAAUCGUUAAAUUCGCGUUUGGUGUGUACGCCCCAUUACAGUAGUUAAAUAAUUGCGCAAAAACGCAUUUGAGGGGAAUUGCACUAGUUUCGUGAGUUUGCGUCUAUUUGCGUCUUCGCAUUGACUUUGUACGUAAUCUAUUCGCGCAAAUAAUUAAAUUCGCGUUUGGUGUGUACGUCCCAUUACAGUAGUUAAAUAAUUGCGCAAAAACGCAUUUGAGGGGAAUUGCACUAGUUUCGUGAGUUUGCGUUUAUUUGCGUCUUUGCAUUGACUUUGUAUGUAAUCUAUUCGCGCAAAUCAUUAAAUUUGCGUUUGGUGUGUACGUCCCAUUACAGUAGUUAAAUAAUUGAGGAGUUCAGAUGCAAAGCCUCGUAACUGUCAAAAAUGAGAUAAUGAUAUUAACCAACUUCUCGGUACGUAUUUUACGUACUAACGCUUCAAAUACCGUUUUUUUUUUUGCAGAAGAGAUGAAAAAUGCUCAUUUACAAGAAAACAUGUCAGACGCAAUUAGAGGGUUUUGCAUCUGAGCUCUUCAAUUAUUUACAGGGCAAGAAUAUAACAAAUAAUUUGAUCAGACAGUAUUGACCCCGUGCCUUUAACUCUAGGUGGUAAACACAGUUAGUGUUUUAAAAAACACAACAAUGUCAAGCACAAAGCCCGACAGCCACACAUACUAAAGAAGUGAACAAUGUUUAGUACUGUAAAUAUCAAAUAUCACUACUCAUCGGGACAAUCUGCUACCUGAAAACAUGCAUCUAAGCAAUGCAAAAUACGCCCGUGUGGUUUGAGUCAAUCCGAGUAAUAUAUGCCAGAUCCUCAUGAGACAUGUUGAUAUUUUCAGCAGUCAGUAUUAUUUAGCUCUGGUGUGCUCUUCAUCUCCCAGUGAGCAUUUAGAUAUUUUGGGCAUUGAAGUGUGGGAGGAUUCGUGAGAAACGAGGCCAGAUAGCAAUGAGAAAGUUUUGAACAAAUUACAACUAUCAGCAUCGAUCAAAAUGCUUCCUCGCUCAGAGGACGCCUUCACGCUCGGCUCAAGAUAAAACUGCUUUGUGAAUACAAGACUAUUACAGUCAAAUGACUUUUCAAAGCGAUUGCGCACCAUAACUUUGGCUCAAAUGGGUUUGUUUGGGGCCAAACUGGCGGUCAAAGGUUUCAUAAGGGUUUUGUGUGCCCGUAGGCAAAGAUAGCUACUGUAACAGAUAGACAUCAACUUAUCACAGACAUCCAAGGGUAAUGGACUCAGCAAGCAAUAGCCAUCAUUUCACCGUUUUACUAGGUUAACUAAAAAUCGAUAUAGUCUGGCUAUAAAUAACCCACUUCUGGCCAAAACCAAAUGUAUGAUAUUCCAACACAAUCUCAUGGCAUUUUACGCACGUAAUUUACAAGUUGACAAAUUCGGUUUUUUUACAACUAGGUGAUUCUUGUGAAAUAAGACUUAUGAGGUGUCAUGAAACAUCUUAAUAAAAAAAAGUAAAUGCUAUUAAAAUAAGAAGCAUACAGUUACAAACAUCUCUUCAUGCACACGAUUUCAAAUGACAUCAUACAAACCAAUUUUGUUGUUUUUUCCACAUUUAAGGGGAAAAUAUUCAUUACCGCAACGUGUCCAUGACUGGAUUUGGGUUAUUUGACAUGGAAAUAUUUAUAAUAAAAAUAAAUAAAUAAAUAAAAACCUUCAGUGCAUGUUAUACUAUAAACAUUUACAGUAAAGAAACAUGUGGUAUUUGGUGAUCAUUGGUAAAUGUAGACACAAUAAUAAGGAAUAUAAAUGUGUCAAAUACCAAUUUUCUCAUCCUCCGUAACAAUUUUCAAUUAUUGUUUAAGCCCUCAAUGAACUAACAUUUAAAAAAAAUUGUUGGAAGGGACAUAAUUGACUGUGACACUCAAGAUGGCUACCAGGUAAGAAGUUCUUAUUUUUUCUCUCCAGAUAAAAGUUAAAAUUUUGUUUAAUUUUAGUUAAAACUUUUUAGUUCUCAUUACCGAAACAUGAGUUUGCAAAUGCAUAUAUUUAAUGUAAUAUCAUGUUGCGGUAAUGAUAAUUUUUGAUAAUUAUAAUCUAAAAAAAUGUAAAUAAUUCUAUAGGAAAUAUUUUUUAAAUCCUCUAAAAAUAAUGGUUAUAGUAAAUUCAGACCUUAAUCUUAUAUGUGCAAAAAAUAAUUGGCUUCAAGGGCUUUUAAAAAAAAAUUAUGCUGGACACCUUAUAAAUCUGGAUUUCGUGAGAAUCAACCACGAAAGAAAAAUUUGCUUUGCCCCUGUGACGUUGGGGUUUAUUUAUUUUUUUACGUAUUUAAACUGAUUCACUUCGUACGAAUUCAUACAAAUUAGCCAACUUGUAAAAUGCGUACGAAUUCACGUUAAAUCAGGCUGGAUAUUUCAUCACUUGAGCAAAGUUAACAGUGAUUACAAGGUGUUCAUUUAUUUAUUUAAUUUUUAAGCUAUUACAUUUUCACUGACAGCCCAGAUGUUGCCUCAUUUCAGCCUAGAUGCCGGGCUUGGACGGCUAUUAGUCAUGUUUCAAACGCAAUAUUGCUUGCUGGGGAGGAUUGUUUGAAAGGUCUUUAUUUUAGCAAUUCUGUUUGAUGGCGCUAUAAGGGUGCAGAUAUUCCACACUUCACUUUUAAUGACAACGAGCAGCUGAUGCCCCAUAUUGUGGCAUUCGUGUGCAUAGCAAUGCACAUUUAUAAUAUAUUCUCUGGAUCAUCAGACACUUGAUGAUCACGAUGAUGAUUAUGGCAGAUAACCGUAUGUGGCAAUUUGCACAAUUUUAAUUUAUAACUGUUGGAUAUGUAGAUAUCGCUCUAUGCCUGUUGAGAUUUGUAAUGAUCUUGUUUUGUGACGUCUGUUAUUUGUGCACAUGUCGUGUAUUUUGCGCUUUAUGAGACUGAGAGGACUGCUUUAGUGUACGACAAACUGCUGAUGUUAUCUGGACCAAUCUUGCCUUUCGAGUGAAGAGUGCCGAUGUAAUUCAGCCCUGCUUCUUCUGUGUUAAAUGUGAGGUGGAAAUGAUUAUUUUGCUACUUGUUAAAAAAUGCAAGCGACUCACAGUUUAGUGUACAAACAUUGCAAAAUCAAUGUGGACUUUAUUUAAAAACAGGAACAUUUUAUCGGCACAAGGGAUCAAAGAUCAUCGGCUGCUUUGUUUGAACUUGUCUACAAACAUGUAACAAAACAUACCUGAGACAAAAUGGCAUCAUUUAGCAUGACAGUAAAUAAAGUGGAUAGAUCUUGCAAACUGUA